AUGGCGAUCUGCGCCCAACGCCUCGUGGCCGCCUCAGUGCUGCUUGCCUGCGUGUCAGUCCUCGCUCCUGUUGCUUUGGCUAAACACCAGCUAUCUAAUGACCUUCCACGAUGGGAUUUCUGGACGCCAUUCAUUGGAGGUGCUCGCUUUACUGGGCAAUACCUCUCCUCCGCGCCAGGUGGUAUCCACCAGAAACGUCAGAGUUUCGAGCCCAUCGAUCUCUUCGAGCUACAGGAUGGCGAGUCGUUCAUUAAUAAACUGCUUUACGGUAGCGUGCUACUUGACCCGAUCUUCUAUUCGGAUGUGACGACAAAUAGAGCGGUUCAAGCAGCUUUUGAAGCAGCCGUGACCUCGAUCAAGGCACACGCGGACGUCUCCGUCUCGCCAGCGAUCAAAGUUACGCAGGCCACUGUGUUCCCACUCAAAGUGACGGGAGAUAACGGUGAGUCAGAGAUGAUGAUUGUGCAAGAUACGGUGGAUGCCAAGGGCCGAAGGUACCGCUUCACGAGCCAAGUGACGUUCGGGUUCAACUUUUACCUCACGCUGGAGGACGCCGAGCGCAACAUCAGGCACCGCGUUGUCGUCGCACUUGAUCGCGAAGCAGAGCACAAUGUGUUCCAGCACACGUUCUCGACGUUGAACCAGCUGUCAGAUGAUGACAUGGCUGAAAAUGCAAAGUGCAGCGGGAUUACCGAAGACAAGUGCUCAGCUGCAACGUCAGGACCGCGGAUCCUGUCGUACAAUGUGUGGAACACGAACCCUUCUUCGGACGUGUAUGGUUCUGGUCGUCGGUGGGCUCAUUACGCAAAACGUCUGGACCAUCUUGUCACCUUGCUCAAGGAAGCAGAAGCUGGUAUCAUCGGAUUUCAGGAAGUGCGCUACGACGGCGUCUUUGGAGAUCCUGGAAAUCACGCGCAGGUGAAGCAUCUCGCUGAUCGUUUGCCGGGGUACCAGUACGUCUACCAGGCGGCGAUGAGCUACCUGAACUCGGGAAUGCCGUAUGAACGCAUUGAAGAGGGGCCUGCUAUAUUUUCGAGGUUCCCAAUCCUUGCGACUGACUACUUGUUGCUCAGUCGCGACCCGAACGACCCCAAUGACUCGCAUCAGCGCCUAUGCCUUCAUGCGGUGAUCGAUUAUCCGCAGUGGGGCAAAAUCGACGUGUACGUGACUCACUUGUCGCUGAGCGAGCGAUCCAGAGAGCAGACGGAAGUCGAGAUCUGGAAGUACAUGCAGCAAGGUCAGGGUAAAACUCAAGUGCUGCUUGGCGAUCUGAAUUCAGAGCCGCAAUCUCGUGGUAUCCGCUUCCUCAGUGGUAUCGAUGAGCUGCUUGGUGAAGAGACGGACAUGAAGGAUGCGUGGCUGGAGGUGCACGAGGAAGCCGAGCCUCGGUCGACGGACGUGAACGACCGUGAGCACAAGUUUACGUUCCCCAGCGACAACCCGUCGAAACGUAUUGACUUUGUCCUGUAUCGAGGUCACGGUCAGGUCAAGGAGUGCGAGAUCAUUGGCCAAGCACCUACUGACGACACCAAAGAUUUCAAGAAGGAUGUCGGGAUGUUACACCCGUCCAGUCCAGUGUAUGCAUCGGAUCACCGCGGCGUCAUCGUCGAGUUUCAUUGA